CAAAAGUAUUGGGAGCAGACCAACAUUUUCGCGUGUUCGACUGCAAUUUUCUUUCAUGUUUGCCAAUAUAUUACGUUCUACAAAGACCAGAAUUGUCUAGAACUGUUGCACUUACAUCCUUCCAUGCAAAUAUCAUCUGAAUUUUACCAGGGUUUAGGAUAAUGAAACCAAACAUAAAUACAGCAUCAGCACCUUCACAGAGCAGCAGUAACAGCAGUAAAGCCAGCUUCCCAGCACAAGGAAAUAUUACUGUACAGGGACAAACACCAGUCAUUGGCACAUUUAUUCCUACAGGUCCAGUAACUAUUGCAAUGCCUUCAAAAUCAGUAACUACAGCAGGAGUUUCAGCCAAUCCUCACCACUUCCCUUCAUCAUUGGCCAAUCAGAAUGGAGUGACGAAUCAUGUGACAACUAGUCAGCCACAAGACCCGCCCUCAGCUUCAGCAUUGACCAAUGAGAAGGGACAGAAAGUACAGUCACCAAUCCAGCAACAGCAACUAUUAUCAAGUUUGGCAAACACUAAAGAGAAAACCCCCAUGUGUCUUAUCAAUGAGUUAGCCCGUUUUAAUAGGGUAACCCAUCAGUAUACCUUAGUUGACGAACAAGGUCCGGCUCACAAGAAGACUUUUUUCGUCAAGCUACAGAUUGGGGACAAGGAGGAAUACUCUGCCUCGGGACCCAGUAUUAAGAAAGCCCAACAUGCAGCUGCAGGCAUGGCGCUUGAAAAGACAGAGUUUAAACACCCACCUCCGAAACCUAGAAGAGGCACUGAGUUACUCACAGAAGUUGAUGAUUUGAUGUCAAUAACACCCACAGUGGAACUCAAUUCUCUGGCAAUGAAGAGAGGAGAACCAGCUAUUUAUAGAAACAUCGAAAAUAGAAAUGCACAGCCCAUGUACUAUCAACAUAAUUAUGACUUCAGAGGCAUGUAUAAUCAAAGGUACCACUAUAUGCGGCCACCAAGAACGUUCUAUGUAUCCCUGAAGGUUGGAACUCGUGAAUUCAUUGGUGAAGGUAUUUCUAGGCAGAUGGCAAGACAUAAUGCUGCGAAAAAAGCUCUAGAAAUUCUACGCAGUCUGAAAAUUCCGGAGGCAGCAGACCAGGGUUCUACUGAUGCUAAUGUAAACAAUAAUGCUGAAACAAAUGACAAACCAGAGGAUGAUGAUGAUACAAAGUCAGAGAUCAGUCUAGUCCAUGAAGUAGCACUCCGUCAUAAUCUACCUGUGUCUUUUGAUGUCAUACGAGAAUCUGGUCCACCACACAUGAAAAACUUUGUAACACAGUGCCUUGUAGGAAACUUUAAAACAGAAGCUGAAGGCAAUAGUAAAAAGUUAUCGAAGAAAAGGGCUGCUGAGUUGAUGCUGAAAGAAUUACGUAAUCUCCCACCACUGCCACCAAACGUUCCAAGACCCAAAACAAAACCUCCCCCGACUAAGAAAAAGAACCGGAAUCUUAUCAAGCAGAUGCAGAAGGCAGACCCUACGUAUGGGGUGGGUAUCAACCCAAUAUCACGGCUUAUUCAGAUACAACAGGCCCAGAAGAAGAAGGAGCCAGUCUAUUCAUUGCUUGCUGAAAGGGGUUUGCCGAGACGUCGAGAGUUUGUCAUGCAGGUGCAUGUUGAUGAGCAGACGUGUACUGGUGUAGGACCCAACAAGAAGCUUGCCAAGCGGCAUGCUGCAGAAGCUAUGUUACAGCUACUAGGUUACAACAAACCAUCCCCACAGCCAGCUAAACCUGCUAUAAAGAUGCAAGGAGAUACGAGCCUUGGUGAAAAGAAAGUGACAUUUUCUGACAUUACAGAUGAACAAGGUCAGACAGUCUUGAAUGGUAGCCGACAGAUGGUUCCUGGUUUGUUAGUUCUUCCUGAAGGCAAGCGUAACACUUACAGUCAGCUAAAAGGUUUACAAGCUCAAUACACUGGUGGAGGGAUGGUGAAAACAACAAAUUUCUCUGCAAGCAGGGCCGAGCAUCGACUACGAGAAUUGUGUGUUAGGAACAACAUAGAGAUUAAAUUUGAUGAAUUUGCGGGUGCUAACAAUCCAAGUGAGUUCCUUAGUCGUCUGAUGAUUGCCUCCAACCCUCCACAUACACUGCACGGGUCUGGCCCCACCCCAGAGACUGCACGCGAUUCAGCUUCUCUCACAGCAUUGAAAAUUCUGUCAGAAAUGGGCAUCGGUAAAGAUGAAAAUCCUGUGAACAUGGCUGCUGGUGAUGGGCCACAGAUAAAGGGCUAACUCAGAGAUAGACUCAACAAUAUAUCAACAAGUCAACACUACCCACAGUUCUUAGCAAGCAUGGAGAACAGGCUGAUAAUACAGUCUUCUAAUGCAGAAAUAAUAGGAAGAGAUAAAGUGUAUUCCAUUUCUUCAUGUUCCGUGUUUGCGGGGAAUUCUGGGUAAUUUUGACUUGAAACUAUGAUGUUUUGUGAAGACAACAUGUUUACGCAUAUUGGAAGUAUUUCUGAUAUGGAGGAAAACGUAUUGUGUGCAAUAGUUGAGAAUUUAUUUACUGAUGUGUUAAUCUAUUGGGUAUUUCAAAUAUUGUGAAAUUAUUUAAUUUUUUUGGCUUGUAAACAACUUGGGAUUUUCAACAACAAAAAAAUCUGCAUCACAAAGAUCUGUUUCAUUUAAAAAAAAAAGAAAAAGUAAUGUAAAUCUAUUGUUGGAGAUAAUUCAUCUUUUAUUCAAAAUUUUCUAAAGUGAUGAUAAAAGCUAGUUGAUAAAGUCGUAAUUUAUCAUGAAAUAAAGAUGUGGUGGCAGAUAACGACCAGCAGAUGAAAUCAUACAUUUGAUAAUACCCAAUUAUUUUAAGAUAUUUUGCUUUUCCUUCAUGUUACAACUCUUGCAAGUUGCACAUACAUAUGUGGUUUUUGUAUUUUUAAUUGUAAUAGGAAUACAAAAAUUAUAUACUUUUUUUUUCUGAUUUGUAAAUUUUUGUAUUCAGAAAUUCUAUGCUUGCUAAUGCUUUGAAUACAAAAAUCUUCAAGGUUUUCAAUGUUAAGAUUUGGUUAUUUGUCAUUUAGUAAAUAAUCAGAGUGUUAGAACAUUUACACUCCAUGUUAUACUGUAGCUUAGUAUAACUAUAUGUUAUUUUGUAGUUAACUGUCUGAAAUUUGGCAUACUGUAGCAUAUUCACAUUGGUAAAAGUUAGUUUCUAGCAGAUGAUGAUACUUUCAAUUAACCCUUAUUAUGCUGGACUUUGCGCCCAGUUCAGAUCAUGAUCAGUCUGCACAUCCAUGCAGUCUGGUCAUGACCUGCACUGUUCGCCAUUCAGUCAGUAUCUUUUUGGUAUGCACCCCUUUUAACAGCUAAUAGUACUGUCCAAAUUGAAAGAUGGACAAGUUCAUUAUAGAAAUUUAGCAGGGUAAGGGUUAAGGUAAUGACAGUUGGCAAUUUUUAUUCAACUUCAUACUUUCUGUUUGCAGUUAUAACAAUAUCCAUAUUUUACAGAAUUCUGAAUGCUCAUUGAGCUUUUGAGCUUUGUUUUACUGCCAUGGAAUGAGGAUAUGAAAUACAUUUCAUGUUCCAUGUCGACUGUCACUACUUGUACAACAUGCUAAUUGAUAUUUAGGACUGUUUUAUAACUGCAGAUUAAAAAGGUUUUAGAUAAUGUCCAGUCAGCGGUUUGGCAUCAAAAAGAUUUUUUCUGCAUGUUUUUGUUUCAUGAAAAAUUGACAUGAGUGAUGAAAGGUUUUACAUUUUGCUGUGUUGUUUGCCGUAUGCAUUUUUGUGCAUUAAAGAUCUUAAUUGCUGGAAAUUUUUGAUAUGUAAAAGCAUUUAAAUUAGUAUCUUUUUUAGCUUUUUGAUAACAACACUUAAGGUAAUGCAGUAUAAAGGCAGUUUGCUGGCUUUAAGUUAAAGUGAUUUGUAUAUGGAGGUAUAAUAUAAUGUUAGUAAGAUAUAACAUUUGUUUUGGACAGAUAUUUUUAACAUAACACUUUUUGCUGCGCACAUUUGUAAUAACAAAGAACUUACUUAUUGUAUAUUAAUUGUGAAAUGGUAUACUAGGGAAAUGGCAUAUUUUUGCAUGCAUGUUAUAUGAUCUAUUACUAAAUGACAAAACAUUUUUUGGUAAGGGUUCUAACUUUUGUUGUCUUCAUAUUUUAUCAUUAUAUGCAAAGUUACUCA